AAAGUUACUAAAGCUAACAUUGUCUCCGGUUUUCACUUUCAGGUGAGAAAAAUAAGACUGAGAAAACAGAACCUGAAGGCUCUUAUCCCACUCGAACACUAUACUUACGCACAAGUGAAGAGAAUUACAAAGUCGUUUGAGGAAGUGGUUGGGACAGGCGGAUUUGGAAUUGUUUAUCGAGGAACACUUGGUGACGGCCGUAUGGUUGCGGUGAAGGUCUUGAAAAAGUCAAAGGGUAAUGGUGAAGACUUCAUUAAUGAAGUUGCCAGCAUGAGCAGAACUUCUAAUCAAAACAUUGUUUCCUUGGUUGGUUUCUGCUCGGAAGGUUCUAAAAGGGCAAUUAUAUAUGAGUUUUUGGAAAAUGGGUCACUUGAUAAGUUCAUUUCAGGCAAAAGCUCGGUGAAUUUGGAUUGGACGGCUCUAUAUAGUAUUGCGCUAGGAGUUGCUCGUGGUCUAGAGUACUUGCACCAUGGAUGCAAGAUAAGGAUUGUACAUUUCGACAUUAAACCACACAAUGUACUCCUAGAUAACAAUUUCUGCCCCAAAGUUUCGGACUUUGGCCUCGCUAAGCUCUGUGAGAAGAAAGAGAGCAUCUUGUCGAUACUGGACACAAGAGGUACAAUAGGGUACAUUGCACCAGAGAUGAUCUCCAGAGUUUAUGGGAAUGUGUCCCACAAGUCAGAUGUGUAUAGCUAUGGAAUGUUGGUUCUUGAUAUGAUUGGUGCAAGGAACAAAGAAAAAGCUUAUCAAUCCUCUGCUUCUACCACUAGUACAAUGUACUUUCCUGAAUGGAUCUAUAAGGAUCUUGAGAAGGGAGACGAUGGAAGGCUUAAUAGGAAUGGAAUCAUCUGCGAAGAAGAAGAUAUAAUAAAGAAGAUGACAAGGGCGCCGGCCCUACAUAUUCAACCUUCUCCCACAGAUCGCCCACCGAUGAACAAAGUUGUAGAGAUGAUGGAAGGAAGCUUGGAUGCUCUAGAAGUCCCUCCUAGGCCUGUUUUUCAAAUUCCAACAUUGCCUCUACAAGAAUUUUCAAUAUUUUCAGAGGAUAUUUCUGGUAACAAAGAUGGAUGAUCCAAGAAGCCUCCGUGGAACCUGUAGAAGCACGAAAAUAACUAUACAUUUAUUCAAAAAUGUCAUCUCUUAUCUUAUUUCUGGAUUAACAAGAGGAUUUUUCGGUUCAACUGUUUUUUCUGAUUAUGUUAAGCUAGUUAACAUUUGUUUUAUUAGUCUACUUGCACAUGGCUAAAUCAUUUUACUAAACAAAAAAGUUUGAGCUAGUUUGUCUA